AUGGCAUCCAAACCGGCCAUCGCCGUUGACCCGGUCUUGAUCCCUGGCAUCUGCCGACCCCGUCCUGCCCGGCUUGAUCCUUCAGUCCCUCUCAACCCGGAGGAUCCAUUCGCUACGCCACCCGUCACCCCAAACCAUUCACGACCGGCUUCGCCCUUUCAACAGAACCCCUUUGCCACUCCGCCCGGUUCUCCCAACCUACACUCUUUUCCCCUCCAGUCCAUAUCAUCGGACAGAACGGCUCGUAAGGUUGGCAUCUACGGGCCAUCGCCUCUUGGCCCUCUCUCUGAGAAUAGCUUUGACAUCCUCGACAAGCUUCCCAUUAUUCCGUUGAACCAGAGUACCGAGAAACUCGUCGAAUCUCCUGCCGCCAAGCCCAAAGAGAACCUUUGGUCUCGUUUCUUGCGCGCCGUCAACAACCAGAUCUCCAUCAAGGAGAUUUGGGAUCUCAUCAACCCCGUCGAGUACCUGUGGCCCAUCACCUUGAAGAAAUACCUCGUGCUACUUCUUGUUGCUGCCAUUUGCGUUGGCAUCUUCGUGUCCGACCUCUACACUGACUGGAUCUCCAAGUCCAUGGCCAUUACCCGAUCGUACAUGCUGCCCGUCCUCAUCAUCGUCAUUGGCCUGGAGCCACUCAUGUUCCUCGUCAUCCUCAUUGCUGCGAAGAUUCCUUCGGUUGAUGACCCUGACAACCAGGUGCAGAAGGCCGCACACGAAGUCGAGAAGAAGAGACUAUCCGACAUCGAGGCGCAGGCCGUACGCAACUCUACCGAUGACUACGACACCGCCUUUGUCAUUCCUUGCCACAACUCUGACCGAGAUGCUCUCCAAAAGGUUUUUGCGUCUGCGUACCCUUACUUCCGCCCUCAAGACAUCUUCGUCGUCGACAACGGCCGCUCACGAUACCCCAACGAUCUCUCAUUCCGAGACUGGGUCAAGUCCCAGCACCCGGACAUCAACUACAUCUGGUCUCCCAUAGGCUCCAAGAAUGCCGCUCAAAUGGUCGGUGCCAUGGCCGCCAAGGACUUCCGCUACAUCUUGACCACGGACGACGAUGUCUCUCUGCCUGUCAACUACCGCCACCCAACCCACAUGAUCAACGACGAGGUCAAGGCUGUGGCCUUUGCACUGAAGGGAAUCGAUGCCAAGGGCGACACUCCCAUGUUCCUUGUUGCGUGGCAAGACUGCGAGUACCGCAUGGCUGGUCUAACAAAGCUCGCUGAGGCCAGUCUCUGUGGUGUUUGUUUCCCCCACGGCGCUGGAUGGUUUGUUGAGCGAGAGACACUCGUCGAGCUUCUCGCCGAGUACCAUCCCAUCGACUUCAUCGCCGAGGAUGUCAACUCUGGUUUCUCCCUCAUGCGCAUGAAGAAGCGCAUUGCCUUCGAUGCCCAUGUCGUCCUUGCAACAGAGGUUCCCACCACACUCCUGGGACCAGGCCUCAACUGGUUCAAGCAGCGCGUCAAGUCGUGGGAGAUGGGUCGACAUGGACUGUUGUUCAAGUUUAUCCGUCGCUUCUUCGCUCUCAAUGGCCAACGAACCAUCACAGGUAUUCUUGUGCAAAAGUUUGUCAUGCUCUACUCCGUCGCCAGCAUCAUCAUCGACUGGGUCCGCGUUCCCAUCUUCGUCACCAUGGGCAGCGAUGCUUCCUUCUGGCGUACGGCUGUCCUCCUUUCAUUAACGGCCAUCUUCCCCAUCAUGCUCUACAACUACGUCAAGUGCUGGAACCGGCCUGACCUGCGCGUGCGCUUCCUUGCUGGAUUGACAUACCCCGUCUACAAGCAGCUCUACGCGUUCGUAUCCGUCAUUGGCGCCAUCCGUUGCGUUCUGUUCUACGCUGGUGGUCACGUCAAAGCCAAGCCUAUCUAUCAGAUGGUCAAGGAGGGCAACAAGGCUUGCUUCUGGCUGGACCCCAAGUUUGAGACGAACUCUGGUUGGUUGGCGGAUGAGAAGGAUGACAUGAUCCGAAAGGCGGAGUUCACCACAUCACCUCCAUCCACUGCUUCAUCUGUGCAAGAUCUUCUUUUCAUGAAUGGCCGUGUUUAA